GACAGUCCCUUAAAGCCUGGUCCAAAAUGUCUGUGGUGCCACUCACUUUUGUUAUGUCCUCGACAAAUGGGAAUUCAAAAGUGUGGAUAGUUAAGAAGUAGAAACGGGGACAGCAACAGUGAGCUUUAGAGAAAGGGCCCUGAAAGAGCUAGGACAGAAAUAAAUGCUGUAGUUUCUUUGGAUCCUGUCCAAAGACAAAGCAUUAAGUCAGGAGGCCCCAGGAGUCACCCCUGACAGGGCAAGCCUGCUGGUGGCUCUUGUGUUAUCCUGCACCAUAGGCUGUUGUGGUUGGUGGCGGAGCAGUAAUGGUUCCCCUGGGACCUGGAAGACCUGGCAAACCUCCUCGACCUGGUGGAUACACAAACGCGAAUAGUCAGCAAUCCUCACAGGACACCUUGGCUGUGAGUUUUCACCCCUCCUCAAGUGCACAGAAAUAGCUGGGGGUUUCCAGUGAUCUGUGUACUCCGUGCUUAUUUCUUAAACAGUUCAGAUAACAUCAGCAGAUGGAGGUGGGGUUUUUUUCCCUGCAGAAACAAUGUAAGCAGACCAUAACUAUAGAUGGUCUGAUAAACUAUUUAUUGGAAAGAUCAGAAGUUGCAUACUAGUCAAAGUAUAAAUGAUAAAAGACAUCUUCACCCAGUUGGUUCCCCAGCUCUAUUUAAGGACACACCAGUAACAAUAAUGAUGUGUUGUGCACCAUGAGAAAACACAGCCGUGUGUGUGUAUGUGUGUGUGUGUGUGUGUGUGUGUGUGUGUGUGUGUGUUGGUUUUGUACUCUAUAAAGCAGGUUUCCACCCACUCAGAGUGAUUGUUUUCUAUCUACUUGCCUCAUGUAUAGUCUGGUAUGCCCUUAGGUGUAUACACACACACACAGGCUAGAAGGCAGCUCAUGUGUAACAUCUGGCCUGUUGAGCAAAGGAAUCAGAGCAGCUCUCUGAGGCUCUCAGGCCAAUGGAAAUGAAAUGGCCAUGACUUUAGGCCUUGAAACUGUUCAGCUGAGCUGUGGUUCCUUCAUUUACAUGUGGGAAAAUGAGGCCCGGACAGCUCAGCCCACACUCCCUCUCCUUGCCUGGACCAGCAUGAAGCAUACCGUUCUCCUUUGGUUGGAAUCGAGUGAGCUCCAAGGCUGUCAGCAGGGAAGGGGCCUCAUUGAAAAUCACCACCUGGGAGAUGAAUCUAACAUGGCUGUAGGUGGCUCUGGAGGAAGAUGACCCUGGGAGGACCCUGCAGCUGCAUGGAAGCAGAAGAGUCCAUGUGAAUCAAGAGAAGAUGUGGAUUAUAGGAGUAGAGAGGGCGUGCCAAGGAGAAGCCAGACAUCUGCAGCAGCUUCUACUAGUCAACGAGUGAGGCCUCCUGCAUUAGGAACCAAAACUUGACUCCACCCAAGAAAAAGAACUACAAGGCUGUUUGCAUGGAACCGAAGCUGACACAAAUAUAUGAUUUCAAAGGAUUUAAACAAGAAGGGCUACUCAUCAGAAAAGGGAUGACGCGGGAGCUGAAGAACGAACUCAGGGAGGUGAGAGAACAACUCACGGAAAAAAUGGAAGAGAUAAAACAGAUAAAGGAUAUAAUGGACAAAGAUUUCGAUAAACUUUAUGAGUUUGUGGAAAUUAUGAAGGAAAUGCAGCAGGAUAUGGACGAAAAGAUGGAUGUUUUAAUUAAUAAUCAGAAGAACAACAAGCUUCCCUUUCAAAACCAAGCCAAGGAGCAGCAGAAAUUCUGGCAGCUAGGAAAGAUGGACAAAGGCUCCCAAGCCAUGAUCACAGAAGAACCCGAUGGAGCACCAUUGGCUUGUGACAAGAAUGUGGUGCCACCAAAACCAACGAGGAAUCCACUGGAGUCCCUCCAUCCAUGUCAGAGUUGCUGCCAGGAGACCUUCACACCAUGCCUGGGUGCCUUUUUCACCCUUGUCGUCUGGAGCUGCUUUCUAAUUUAUCUGUACUUCAACUUCGCCGAGGUGGAGCAUGUGCUGCCGACCUAGCACAGCCAUGGAGCCUACCACCAGCUCCAACUCAUCAUCUCCUGACUCCUGAGCUACACAGCAGACUUUUCUGCCCUCUUAAACACCCUCCAACCCCCACCCCUGCCCAGGCUUCCACCUGGAAAUUAAAGAAUCUCAUUUAAAGCAAAAAA